UUUGUGGCCUCGACUUUCUGGGAUGCGUGGUUAUUCGCCUCUUGGACAUCAUGAUAAGCAGGACGAUCGCAAAAGGAGAUACCUUAGUCGUUCUCCAUCUAGAAGAUCCCGAUCGAGGGAAAGAAAAACUAUAAAAGCACGCUCUCGAUCCGUGUCGCGCUCCUGUACACGUUCACGAAGCCGUAGCCCAGUUAAACACAGAGAAAGACACAAGUACUCACCUUACAGACAAAGUAAAAAGGUAAAAGCCGAGUACGAUCCCUUUGGGCGCACUCUUCGUGACUCCAGACGCAAGGAUAAAAAUGAAAAGGACUAUCCCCUUACUUAUUCUAGUUACUACGAUCACGAUGUCUAUGGUGAUUCGAGACAUAAGACUUAUAGCCGAAGGGAAAGUUUCGAGGAUGAGAGGGAUCCCGAUCUUCGUUAUCGUAGUUUAGGUUAUGAUAGAGGCUACGGUCGCCAUUAUAAACAUUAUCGGUCGAGCGACUUUUGGUAUAAUGAUGCUUACCACCGAGAGGACUUUGAGAAUGCCAGACGAUACACUGAUUUGCACAAAGAGCGACGACCUUCUGGCAGUUUUUUAGAUUAUGAUUAUGACGGGGAAUUUUACGAUGGGAACUCCACAGAUGUGCACGCUGGUGGGGGGAGUAUGAUGACCUUCCAGCAGUUUAUUGGAACCCUUAAUAACGAUGUAGAAGAAUCUGCGGCUGCUAAGCGAUACACCGAGUAUAAAAACAACUUUGCGAAAUCGGCUAUACUUGAAUUUUACGAGGAGCAUGCAGAGCAGGAUUGGUUUAAAGACAAAUACGAUCCCGAGCAAAUUGAGAAGGCCAAUGCGGAACUCUCAGCUAUGGUUAGUUUUCGCCUUCAGGCACUCCGGGAAUUCUUAACCGACGCCUGCGAUUUUGAGGAGGAUGUGUUAAGUUUAGAUAGCCUGAACACCCUCAACGUAUUAAAAUUCUUGUCAAAAGUGAGGAAUAGAACUAACGAAUUGCUUGAAAUCGAUGUUCGACUCAAACGCGGGGAAACUAUAGAAACCAUUCAGCAGUCCAUUGAACGCUCGAAGUGCAACCGCGAGGGAAAUGCAGUCACAUCUGAAGUGAAUGUGGUGGAGGAAAGUAGAGAAGAGUCUCAUGAUACUGUAAAGGAAUUAGGAGAAACAGAGGAAGUUCGAGAAGCGGGAGAGGAAGAGGAAAAUUCUCAAGGAAAGCCCUCAAAGAAGAAGGGCAACGGAAAGGAAUUCUAUAACAACGAUUUUAUUAUGAAGCUGUACAACAUUCACGAACCCAUCGGAUUCAUAAAGCCCGUUCCUCCCGUUAUAUCGCCCCAUCAAAUUCGCGCAUGUCUUCUUGAGAACAAUAUCCCGUUCAUCGACUUGUCCUUUUCGGCUCCCCUACCGAUUCGCAAGUUUUACCGCAUGGUCUGGGUGACGUUCGACUCCACCGUUUCCCACGAGGAAAAGUCUAUUCUAGAGGCCUGCAACAGAGUUAACAAUCUCGCCAUUCCUUUUCCCACUGAAAACUCUGGCAAAAGCCCUGAAGAGGGCAGCAAUGCUCUGGAGACUCAUUACUUUUUCCUACGCUGCACAAUUAACCGCAGGAACAGACUGAACAGGAUACGGACUUACUCUCAGCCGGACCUGGAACGUAGUAGGAAAGAUCUGAAGCAGCUCUGUUCUCUUUGUGAGCACUUUAACGACUCAAGACAAGUGGAUGCAGCAGUUUACAAUGGGCUACUGCGCCAGGGACCCGCCGAUGAAAACUCUUUGACCGACGUAUUAAAGGCUGUUGACCGUUUGGUUAUCUAUCUUCGCGCGGUCCACUGUUAUUGUUACUUUUCAGGAUAUGUAUGCGACAGCGUGGAAGAGCUGCGCCACCAGUGCGGGGAUGUACACGUGAGGCUCUCAGGCAGUCCUGGGCAUUAUCAGUACCGCACCGACUGGGAGAAAAUAGCGGAUGAGGCUUUUGCAAGAAUCAUGAAACCUAAAUUGAGUGUAGAGGAGGCCACGCCUUUGGGUUACAAGGACUGCGAAGAAGAGGAAAAGAACUUCCUAGACUCAAAAAUAAUGAAGCUGGAAAAAGAAAAAUUCAAAUGCGCCAUUUGUGGAAAAUGCUUUAAAGGCUACGAGUAUGUGGAGAGGCACAUCCCCUAUCGGCACAGUUCGGAUCUUAUCGAGCAUCGAAACAAGACUCUGCGCUUCAAUAAUUUCGUACUGGAUCCUUGCCGUCCCUCUAACGUUUUUGCCCCCAAGUACUACUCUGUUUACCCAUACGCCCCCUUCAUUGCGGGCAUGGGCAGUGUGGCGCCACCAGUCAGCUUCUAUCCACCAUACAGCCCCUUUAUGGUUCAGUCCUAUGCAGGGCCCUAUGGGCGCCUCAAGCAGUACUCAGGACCCGCUUUGGCUGGAGCCCUGCAUUACCCCUCGCCUUACUAUCCACACCCGGCGAAUCGGUUUCAAAGGCCCGUAUUCAGCGCCGUUCCCUUUAGUCGAAAUCCUUAUCGUGGUGGCUACCACGGGAGAGAGGCGCAUUAUGACGCAUAUGGACAACGAGCCUUUUCCAACCGCCAUCGACAUGUACGCCUGCCUCCACCAGGCGUAGUAGAGGAUCCCCGCCAGCAAAAUAUAAAGCGCUAUGUUGACUUGGACGCGCCCGUGUCCGAUGACGUCGUUGACUACCGCGGGGUUAUUAACCAGCCCGAAGAGUAGAAUGCUUAUGUUACUGGUUGCUUGUAGACUACAUCAUCGCUGGGCGCACGUAAAAGUCGCCCUUUAUUUCAGAAGUUAUAUAUAUACUGCAUUCGUUAGUUACUUAUAAUAAAGUUAUUAUAGAAA